AUGGGGGAACUUUACGCGUUGGACUUCGAUGGAAUCAUCUGUGAUAGCUGCGGCGAGAGCUCUGUCUCUGCUGUCAAGGCCGCCAAAGUGAGAUGGCCUGGUUUGUUUGAUGGGGUGGAUUCAGUUACAGAAGAUUGGAUUAUUGACCAGAUGCACACAGUGCGACCAGUAGUGGAAACUGGAUAUGAAAACCUUUUACUUGUGAGACUGUUGCUUGAGAGCAGAACGCCUUCUAUCCGAAAGUCUUCGGUUGCAGAGGGGCUCACAAUUGAAGCUAUAUUGGAGAAUUGGUCCAAGUUGAAGCCUAUUAUUAUGGAAGAGUGGGGUGAGAAUAGGGAUGCUCUGGUAGAUCUUUUUGGAAAGGUCAGAGAUGAAUGGUUGGAGCAGGAUUUUGCUGCUUGGAUUGGUGCAAACAGAAUAUAUCCCGGUGUAUCUGAUGCCUUAAAAUUUGCAAGCUCGAGAGUGUACAUUGUCACUACAAAACAGAGCCGUUUUGCUGAUGCUUUACUCCGAGAGCUUGCCGGAGUGACCAUACCACCGGAAAGAAUAUAUGGCCUUGGAACUGGUCCUAAGGUAGAAGUUCUGAAGCAGCUUCAGAAAAAGCCAGAGCACCAAGGACUGACACUACACUUUGUUGAAGAUCGUCUAGCUACCUUAAAAAAUGUCAUCAAAGAGCCUGAGUUAGACCAAUGGAACUUGUAUCUAGGGAAUUGGGGUUACAACACCCAAAAAGAAAGAGAGGAAGCUGCAGCUAUCCCCAGAAUUCAUGUUCUUGAGCUCUCUGACUUCAGCAAGAAGUUGAAAUAG